AGGGCAGCAAAGAGAAGUUUGGUCACCGUUAUUCCGCGGGACAUCCCGUAGCAGAAUCACAGGGAUACACCGAGAGCUCGUUUAUUUCCUUCAGGAGAAUAAUCAAAGAAGAUUUUGAAAGCUCACAUUGUGAGAUCGGAGGAUUUACAAAGCGGAGAACUUUUCUGUUGAGCUCACAAUGGAAACUCCAUCAUCAUCAUCAUCACCACCAUCAUCAUCAUGAGAGGAGUUUUACUGCACGGUCUUCUGGCAGGAUUUUACAGCGACUAAACCUCCUCAACUUUCCUCAAACGGAGCACAAAGCAGUUUUAAAGGAUACACCUGCGGAUUGAUCAACUUUUAGCGCAAGUUUUGAAUCUCUUUAUCUCCUUUUUAAUGGAUACAAAGCUGCAAAUCUGAGGUGAAUGUAUGAGGCUCGGGAAAACCCUGACUGCAUCUGCGAUCAUGGCGCUUUCAGGUACAUCCACGCACCUCGUUCUGCUCGUUUUAUGGACUUUAUCGCGCUGUUCUGUGUCCAGUCAAGUUCGGCAGGAGUUUGAGGUUCUUGAGGAGCAGCCGGUGGGCACCUAUGUGGGCACCAUCGAGACCAAACCCGCCUUCACGUACAGAUUCAGCGAGCAGCACAAACUUUUUUCCAUCAACGCGACAUCGGGCGUCAUCUACACGUCCUCUGUCAUCGAUAGGGAAGUUCUGCCCGGUAACAUCAUCAAUGUGGUGGUGCUGUCCAGCCAGCCCACUUACCCGACAGAAGUGCGCAUCGUGGUGCUGGAUAUCAAUGAUAACGCGCCCGUGUUUCCCGACGCGUCGAUUGUGGUGUCUUUUAAAGAGGACGCGAGCAGCGGGCGGCAGGUCAUUCUGGACACCGCCACCGACGCGGACAUCGGUAGCAACGGAGUGGAUCACACCACAUACCGGAUCAUCAGCGGGAACGACCAGCGGAAAUUUCGCCUGGAUAUCACCGUCAACCCGAGCGGAGAGGGCGCGUUUUUACACCUAGUCUCCACUGGAGGGCUGGACAGAGAAACGACUCCCUUCUACCAGCUGCUUAUUCAAGUAGAAGAUAAAGGAGAGCCCAAAAAGUUUGGCUAUCUUCAAGUAAACGUCACUAUUCAGGAUAUAAACGACAACCCUCCCACUUUUGACCAUGAGCAGUAUCAGACUAGUGUGUUUGAGGAUGCUGCCAUCGGCUCUAGUGUGCUGCAGAUUGCAGCCAGCGAUCUGGAUGAGGGUGCAAACGCUGAUAUAACCUAUCUUUUAGAUGACGGGACUCCUUUUCAGAUUGACCCCAAGGCUGGGACUGUUGUAAUAAAGGAGGGGUUGGAUUAUGAGACUAAAAAAGAGUAUUCUCUCACCAUCCACGCUGUAGAUAACGGCGUCCCUUCACUUUACACCAGAACUGAAGCUACUGUUAAAUUGCUUGAUGUUAACGAUAAUGACCCUGUUGUUAAGUUCCGAUACUUUCCCACUACCUCCAAAUUCGCUUCUGUGGAUGAGAACGCACAGGUUGGCACUGUUGUGGCACUAUUGACUGUUUCUGAUUCAGAUUCAUCCACCGCCAACGGUAAUAUCUCAGUUUCUAUACUUGGCGGAAACGAGCAAAGACACUUUGACGUCCACAGUUCGCCCGUCCCCAAUCUGAGUCUAAUCAAAGUGGCCAGUGUGCUAGACAGAGAGCGAAUUUCCUCCUACAACCUCACUGUUUCGGUGUCAGAUAACGGCAGGCCCUUAGCUCGCUCGUCUUUUGCUAGUCUGGUUAUAUUUGUGAAUGAUAUUAACGACCAUCCGCCCAUAUUUCAGGAAGCCGUGUAUAGAGUAGACAUCAGUGAGGACAUUCCUAAAGGCAGCUACAUUAAAGGGGUUUCAGCCACAGAUGGAGACUCCGGGCAGAACGCCAACCUGCGCUACUCGCUGGUGUCUGGAAACAGUUUGGGCUGGUUCGCCAUCAGCGAGAACAGCGGUUUGGUUACCAGCGCUGCAGAGCUCAAUAGGGAAAUAGCAUCUGAAAUAGUGCUCAAUAUCAGCGCCAAAGACCAAGGCCUGCAGCCCAAAAUAUCCUACACUAAACUGAUAGUCAACAUCACAGACGUUAACGACCAGGUACCUACUUUCACACAAAACACAUAUCACGUUUCCAUAACCGAGCAUUCCCCUGCUAAUUCUGAGCUUGCUGUACUCUCCGCCACUGAUUCAGAUCUCGGUCCUAAUGGUACGAUCCGUUUCUCAUUUGACUCAGAAACUCCUGUGGGCAUUCAGAAUAAGUUCAGGCUAGAUUCGACAUCAGGACGUUUGAGUACGUCCACAGAGUUAGACAGAGAGGAAGAAAGCUCAUAUCUGCUCCACAUUAAAGCCACAGAUUCAGGCACCCCCCCUCUGUACUCCGUCUGCAAGGUUAACAUCACUCUUAAGGAUGUUAACGAUAACAGUCCAGUGUUUUACCCCAUGCAGUAUUUCGCCAACAUUAAAGAAAACGAACCCUCCGGCUCAUCUGUGACAACAGUAACCGCUUCAGAUCCAGACCUAGGCCGCAACGGCACUGUAAAAUACGCUAUUACAGCUGGCGAUUCGUAUAAGUUUCACAUUAGCAGCACUUCUGGUAAAAUUACGACUUUAGUGGCGUUGGAUAGAGAAGAGAAAACCGCGUAUCAGCUGCAGGUCACUGCGACAGAUGGCGGCGGCUUGCGCUCACACACACCGGCUAUAGUCACCGUCACUGUGGUAGACACACAAGAUAACCCGCUGGUGUUCGGUCAGAAAGACUACAGCUUUGUUAUGUUUGAGAACGUGCCCGUUGACACUAUUAUUGGCACCGUGUCGGCCACCACAGUGGAUCUGCACACAAAUAUCACUUAUUUAAUCGCAUCAGGGGAUCAGCGCCGUUUGUUUGGCAUUAAAGGAGGCCAGAUUACAGCGUUAGGGUUGAUAGACAGAGAAGAACAGGCUUUUUAUCAGCUCAGGGUGAUCGCUAGGGCUGGGGAGGUUACAGGGGAAACUUUGGUUAACAUUACAGUCAAGGAUUUGAAUGAUAAUGCGCCUAAUUUCAUGCAUAGCGUCGAACAUGUUAGUGCUGUAGAAAACUGGGCUACAGGUCAUCAUAUAUUCCAAGCUAAAGCUUCAGAUCCUGAUGAAGCCACCAAUGGGAUGAUUGUAUACAGUCUCAAACAAAACCCUAAAGGCUUGUUUCACAUCCAUGAGAAGCAUGGGUUAAUCUCUCUCACCGGUCCUCUUGAAGUCACCACUAGUUCAUAUCAGCUGGAGGUCGUGGCUUCUGACCUGGGCGUCCCUCAGCGCACGUCGAGCCUAUUUCUCACUAUAAGUGUGUAUGACGUGAAUGAUAACGCUCCAGUCUUCGACCAGCUUUCAUAUGAGGUCACCAUCCUCGAAUCUGAACCCGUCAAUAGUCGUUUUUUCAGAGUGGAGGCUACUGAUAAAGACUCCGGAGUCAAUGGGGAAAUCGUGUAUGAUAUCAUUAGCGGGAACACGCGUGAUGUUUUCGGGAUUUUCCCUGACGGGCAGUUGUAUAUAAAGGCAGAUCUGGAUAGAGAAGUACAAGAUCGCUAUAGUUUAUUAGUGGUGGCCAAAGACAGAGCUGUCGAGUCUUUGAGCGCUAGUGUUAAUGUGAGCGUUCUCCUGGAUGAUAUCAAUGACAACCGUCCACUCUUUAACAGCACUAACUAUGUGUUUCACUUCGAGGAAGAGCAGGAGCGAGGCUCUCUAGUUGGGCGGGUGUUCGCUGAGGAUAAAGACUUCGGGCCGAACAGUGAAGUUCGGUAUUCCUUUGAAACACCGCAGCCAAAUUUCGAGCUAAACGCAAUCUCUGGCGUAUUAACAAGCACUUUACAGUUAGACCGGGAGUCUUUAAUGAGGCAGAGAGGAGCCGCGGUGUUCAGUUUUACAGUGGUGUCCUCAGAUCAGGGUCUUCCCAAACCUCUCAAAGACCAGGCCAAGGUGCAAGUGUACAUACAGGACAUCAACGACAACCCGCCCAAGUUCACCAAAGACAUUUACCAGGCCUCGAUCGCUGAAUCCGCCCAGAACAUGACACAGCUUCUCCGAGUAUCCGCCUCAGAUGUUGACGAAAAUAAAAACGGCCUCGUUCGCUAUGACAUCACGGAGGGGAAUGAGGAGAAGCAGUUCAGCAUCGACAGCAAUUCUGGUCAGGUUACUCUAGUGGGGAGACUAGACUAUGAAACAACACCCUUUUACUCCCUCAAAAUCAUCGCAGAGGAUUCUGGGAGUGUUCCUCUGUCUUCAACUUGCGUGUUGAGCAUCAGCGUUCUGGAUGAUAACGAUAACUCUCCAUCAUUUCCCAAAUCUACAAUCACAGUGGAUGUGCUGGAGAAUAUGAGGAUCGGGGAGCUGGUCGCCUCUGUGACCGCCACCGAUUCUGACUCCGGAUCCAAUGCUGAUAUCACAUACAGCAUCUCCGCCACUAAUAACCACGGCACGUUCAGCAUCAGUCCCAACACCGGCAGUAUAUUCCUCAUCAAAAAGCUAGAUUAUGAAACUCAGUCUCUUUACAAACUCAACGUCACAGCUAAAGACAGCGGGAGGCCGUCCAGAUCCUCUUCAAUUCCGGUUAUCAUCCAUGUAAGGGAUUUUAACGACAACCCUCCUGUUUUUACACCAGGGGACAUUUUUAAAUCAAUCCCCGAAAACCUCCCGAUCUCCACUUCUGUUAUGUCCAUAACAGCUCACGAUACCGACGCGGAUAUAAAUGGACAGUUGGAGUACUCUAUUGUAUUGCAGACCCCUAGGGGAGGACAUUUCCGCAUUGAUUCGGUGUCUGGGGUUAUAUACACAAACAAAGACAUCGACAGAGAGUUCUCAAACCUUUUCGAGCUCACAAUCAAAGCCACCGAUCAAGCCGUGCCUGCAGAAUUUCGCCGAUUUGCUCUUAAAAAUGUCACGAUAUGGGUGACGGACCAAAAUGACAACAUCCCCAUGUUUAUCUCGCAGAACGCUCUAAUUGCUGAAUCCAACAUCGUGAUUGGGUCAAUUCUGACAACCGUGUUGGCGUUUGAUCCUGAUGAGGGUGCGAAUGGGGAGGUGGAGUACGAACUUGUGAGAGGAGAUUCAGACACGUUUAUUAUGGAUCGGUACAGUGGUGAUAUAAGACUCGCGUCUCAGCUAAUUCCCUCGAAACUCAUCUAUAGCUUGAUGGUUUCUGCUACGGAUCACGGCACGGACCGUAAAACCUCACGGACUGAGCUAACCAUUAUUCUCCAGGGUACCGAUGGUCCAGUUUUCUCCCAGCCCAAAUACAUCACCAUUCUGAAGGAGGGCCAGCCGGCUGGAACAAACGUCAUCUCUCUGGAUGCCUCGAGCCCACGUGGCGCCGGCGCCAAGGUGGAGUAUUUUAUCGUUUCAGUCCGAAGUGGAGGAAAGGCCGCUGGUCGGCUUUUCACAAUUGGACGCCAUUCAGGAGUGAUCCAAACGGCUGCCGAACUGGACCGGGAGCAAGGCUCGGGUUUGUACCUCCUAGACGUGUACGCCAUUGAAUCCGACGCCAAACAACCCAGAACGCAGCAUGCAGAGGUUGAGGUCACUCUACAGGACGUCAAUGAUAACCCACCCAUCUUUCCCACUGACAUGCUGGACGUGACCAUCCAGGAGAACAUCACCGAUGGCUUCAGGAUCAUGCAGCUGACAGCCACAGAUGCAGACGAGGGUGCGAAUGCUCUAGUGACCUACGCCAUCAUCAGUGGUGCGGACGACAGUUUCCGCAUCGACCCAGAGUCCGGUGAACUGAGCGCCACCCGGCGUCUGGACCGCGAGCGCAGGUCGAAGUAUUCUCUGCUGGUGCGGGCGGACGACGGGCAGCAGUCCUCUGACAUCUGGGUCAACAUCACCGUCAGCGACAUCAACGACCACACGCCCACUUUCAGCCGCUCCGUCUACUCAUUCGACAUCCCAGAGGACAUGAGUCCAGGCUCGAUCGUGGCAGCGAUUCUGGCCAGUGACGGUGACUCAGGUGCGAAUGGCGAGAUCACAUACUCAGUGGAGGAGGAUGAUGAGGACUCCACCUUCCUCCUGAACCCGAUCACCGGCGUGUUCAACGUGACCCGAUCGCUGGACUUCGAGACGCAGCCGUUCUUCAUCCUGACGGUGCGGGCUGUGGAUGGAGGCGGCCGCUCCAGCUCGGUGCGGGUCUACUUUAAUCUGCUGGACGUUAAUGAUCAUCCACCGCUCUUCAACAGCUCCGUCUACACCACGUCCAUCCUGGAGAGUCUGAGCGCUGGAGCAUCCGUCCUCAGUGUGAGCGCAGCGGACCGAGACCACGGGCCAAACGCUGAUCUGCAUUACUCUAUAGCCUCCGGCGACCCACAAUCUCAGUUCAGCAUCACGAACACCGGCGUUUUACACACAACAAAGACUCUGGAUCGAGAAACACAAUCGUUUUAUAACCUGGUGAUCACAGUAAAUGACCUGGCACUGCCACCCUCCACCCGCUUCACCAGCACCGCCCAGAUCUCCAUCAUCCUGUUGGAUGUCAAUGACUGCGCCCCUGUUUUUACCUCCCCCAAAACGGCGUACAUCCAGGAGAACACGCCGGUGGACACGCGUGUGUUUACCGCACAGGCCAGCGACGCUGAUAGCGGACCCAACAGUUAUGUGGAGUAUUCCCUGAGCGGGGCGUUCGGGAGUAAAUUCGGGAUCGGGAUGAUUGAUGGAGGAGUGACGCUGCUGGGAGAACUGGACCGCGAGGAGAUGGAGAACUACACGCUUACUAUUGUGGCCACUGAUAAAGGAGAUCCUCCUCUGUCGUCCAGCAUGGAGGUCAUCAUGAUGGUCUUAGACGUAAAUGACAACACGCCGAGCUUCUCUCAGAACAUCUACGACAUCGAGAUCCAGGAGAAUACGCUCACCGGCACCGACGUCCUGCAGGUGUUCGCCAGCGAUGCCGAUGAGGGAACCAAUGGUCAGAUCCGCUUCUCCAUCACUGGCGGAAACCUAAACUCUGACUUCCGCAUGGAUUCAGUGACGGGGGUGAUCUCUGUGGCGAAGCUGUUGGAUCGGGAGAGCAGAUCCUCAUACUCUCUGCAGGUCCAGGCUGCAGAUCGCGGCAGCAGUCCUCGUGUGGAUCGAGCCACCGUCAACAUCGUGCUGUUGGAUGUGAACGACUGCGCUCCGGUGUUUGAGCUCUCGCCGUACACCAUCAGCGUCCAGGAGAACCUCGGAAACCUGCCCAAGAACAUCCUACAGGUUGUGGCUCGUGAUGAUGAUCUAGGCACAAACGGUCAGAUCAGCUACAGUCUGUCCAGCGGGAACGACGCCGGAGCCUUCAGUCUCUCAGCCAGCGGGCAGCUCAGCCUCAUACACACACUGGACCGGGAGACGCAGGACACACACACACUGAUCAUCACUGCGCACGACGCAGGUCUGCCAUCUCUCAGCGGUUCUGGAACUGUGACGGUGCUUGUCGGAGAUGUGAAUGAUAAUAUCCCAUCAUUCAGCUCAAUGUCAUUCCACACCACCAUUCCUGAAGAUGCGCCGACCGGCACGGAUGUUCUGUUGCUCAACAGCUCCGAUUCAGAUGUGGGACUCAAUGGAGUGAUCAGCUACAGUCUGAGUGGUGGAGAUGGUCAGUUCUCCAUUAACCCGUCCACAGGACUGAUCAUUACAAGCUCCUUAUUGGAUCGAGAGACGCGGGCGAGUUACCAGUUGCUGGUCGUGGCUUCAGAUGGUGGGCAGCCCACACCGCUAUCCAGCUCUGCCACAGUGUCCGUGGUGGUGGCCGAUAUCAACGAUAACCCUCCGCGGUUUCACCAUCAUCCAUACGUCACACACAUACCUGCCUCUACUUCCACAGGCUCCCUAGUCUUUGCGGUCACAGUAACAGAUGAAGAUUCUGGCUCAAAUUCCCAACUUCAUUAUUCCCUCACCGGACGCAAUUCAGAAAAGUUCAAGAUAGACCCAAUCAGAGGUGCCAUCACAGCCAAUGAAAAACUCACAGGGAGUUCGGAGGUCACCUUCACAGUCCAUGUAAAAGAUGGCGGCACCAACCCCAAAACAGACAGCACAACAGUUACAGUUCGCUUCGUUAUCGGAGGAGACUUCCCACAUAUUAGACUCAAGGAGAAAGCCUUCACCUUCCCGGAAAACCAACCCACGAACACUAUUGUGACCAAGGUGACUGGGUCUUCACCUAGGGCAGGUCCUUUGUCAUAUUAUAUUGCAAGUGGAAACCUGGACAAUGCAUUCCAUAUAGAUCAACUUUCAGGGGAGCUGUCUAUCAAAAAGCCUCUGGACUAUGAGAAUAUUGAGAAGUACGUUUUGUGGAUUGAGGCCCGAGAUCAAGGAUUCCCUCCUUAUUCAGCCUAUGAAAAAGUAGAGAUCGCAGUGUUGGAUGUUAACGACAACCAUCCUGUUUUUGAGCAAGAGCCAUUCCACGCUGAGAUUUUAGAAAAUCUCUCACCACAACGUGUGCUUAUAGUCUCCGCUUUAGACCAGGAUAGUGGACCAAACGGGCAACUGGAAUAUGCCAUAAUUGAUGGAAACAAAGAAAGCAGUUUUAACAUCAACCGGGCAACUGGGGAAAUCCGCACCACACGACCACUCGAUCGAGAGAAGGUUGCUCAGUAUUCUCUGAGAGUAAAGGCAACAGAUAGAGGCCUCCCUCCGAAAAGUACAGCAGUCAAAGUUGUAAUCAGCGUGUUGGAUGUCAAUGAUAACGCUCCCAGAUUCUCAAAAAUCUUCAGUGCCACUGUACCUGAAAAUGCACCAGUGGGAUUCACUGUCACACGCGUGACCACCACAGAUGAAGACUCAGGUGCUAAUGCUAUAAGCCGAUACUCCAUCACUGAUGCAAGUCUUCCCUUCAUUAUCCACCCCAGCACAGGAGACAUCACGAUCAGUAGACCUCUGAACAGAGAAGACACAGACCACUACAUUGCCAAAGUCUCAGCACAUGAUUCAGGGUGGACUGUUAGCACAGACGUCACAAUAUUUGUAACGGAUAUUAAUGAUAACGCCCCAAAAUUUAGCAAGCCGUCAUAUUAUUUGGACUACCCUGAGCUUACUGAGAUUGGAUCCAUUGUGACUCAAGUCUCUGCAACAGAUCCUGAUGAGGGUUUCAAUGGAAAAAUAUUUUACUUUAUCAGAUCUCAAACAGAGUACUUCCGAAUCAACUCCAGUUCUGGUGAGAUCUUCAUUAAACAACAGCUGAGGUAUCAAAACUCUAGUGGCCACAACAACAUCAAUGUAAACCGGCAUAGUUUCAUCGUCACUGCUUCAGACCGAGGCAUCAAGCCGCUCAUGAGCGAAACCACAGUUAUGAUAAAUGUAGUUGACAGCAAUGAUAACCCACCCACCUUCGAAUCUUCUUUAUACUUCACUCCUGUGACUAAAAGUGUGAAGGUUGGUACCAGACUUCUCAAAGUAACAGCCUACGAUAAGAAGGACUUUGGGCUCAACUCUGAAAUAGAGUAUGCAAUAUCUGGAGGUAACAGUUCCAACAAGUUCCGCUUGGAUAAACAAACUGGAUCAGUUACAGUAGCCUCCUCCCUCACUGCAGACACAAAUAAAGUUUACCUGCUUGAGAUAACAGCGAGUGACAAAGGAAACCCUCCUCUUUCUGAUAGGACAACAGUGAAAAUAGCUGUGACAGAAGAGAACCAUCAUACUCCUGAGUUUUCACAGAACCAAGUAACAGUCACUGUGUCUGAAGCUCUGACUGUCGGCUCAGCAAUCCGCACACUUUCAGCUCGAGAUAAAGACAAGGACAAACAAAUGAAUGGCCUUAUUACGUACAACAUCUCAUCAGGUAAUGACGAUGGCUUGUUUUCAGUUCACAGUCAAACUGGUGUUUUAUCCCUAGCGAAGACACUGGAUUACGAAACAAAACAGAAGCAUGAACUCAGAGUUUCUGCAACAGAUGGAGGGUGGAUCGCCAAGACAAGCUAUGUCACAGUUAACAUCCAGGUCACUGAUGUAAAUGAUAACCCCCCUGUGUUUGACCCGGUUGAAUACUUCCCGGUCGUUCAGGAGAAUGUCCCCAGUGGCACUACUGUGGUUAAAAUGAAUGCAACUGAUAAAGACUCAGGUUCAAAUGCCCUGAUGGCAUACGUGAUUCAGUCAUCAGACAGUGACUUGUUCAUAAUUGACCCCAAUACAGGAAUCAUCACCACACAAGGCUUCCUGGACUAUGAAGCGAAACAGGUGUACCACUUGACUGUCAAAGCCUUUAAUGUACCAGAUGAAGAAAGAUGCAGCUUUGCAUAUGUGAACAUUCAGCUGAAAGGUGCUAAUGAGUACGUCCCUCGUUUUGUGUCAAAGCAGUAUUACUUUGAGGUCUCAGAGGCAGCGCCUAAAGGCACAGUUGUUGGGGAGGUGUUUGCUAGCGACAGAGACUUGGGAGAAGAUGGUGUAGUGUAUUACCUGAUAUUUGGGAGAAGCAGAAAAAGGGGGUUUAGCAUUAAUAAGAAAACAGGCCAGAUCUACGUCUCAGGAUCACUUGAUCGUGAAAAAGAAGAAAAGAUUUCACUGAAAGUCUUGGCUAAGAAUGCAGGGAGCAUAAGGGGGGCAGAUAUUGAUGAGGUGCUUGUGAACAUUACAGUUCUGGAUGCCAAUGAUCCUCCAGUAUUCACCCAGGAACUCUAUGAUGUUCAGGUGAAUGAGGGUCUGUCUCCCGGAGGCCUGGUUACAUUUGUUAGUGCUGAGGAUUCAGAUUCUGUACCUAGCUGGAGCAGAUUCACCUAUGCCAUUGCUGCCAACCAUGAAAGAAAUACCUUCACCAUCAACCCCCAGACAGGACAGGUGUCUGUGGCAUCAGAGCUGGAUCGGGAAACUGUCCCUAUCUAUAAUCUCACCAUCCUGGCAGUAGACUCAGGUUAUCCAGCUGCCACUGGCAGUGCCAUUUUAAUUGUGACUCUGGAAGACAUUAACGAUAAUGGACCAACUUUGGUGACUACAUAUGGGGAGGUGAUGGAGAACCAGAGGGCAGGGACACCUGUGAUGACACUCAGUUCAAGUGAUCCAGAUCUUGCACCAAAUCAAGGGCCAUUUACUUACAGUCUUGUCAGCACUGGGGCAGCAUCCAGCUACUUCACCAUCAGUCCAACUGGGGAGCUCACCACCAGCCGGGAGGUCGACCGAGAGCAGAUAAGUGAUUUCUACCUCUCUGUGAUCAUCAAAGACUCGGGAAUUCCUCAGAUGUCCUCAACAGGAACUGUUCACAUCAAAGUCAAUGAUCAGAAUGAUAAUCCCUCAGAGUCUCGCUCUGUAGAGAUCUUUGUCCAUUAUUUUGGAAAUAUGUUCCCUGGAGGAUCCCUGGGGGUGGUGAAGCCACAGGACCCAGAUAUCCAAGACAGAUUUCAGUGUUCUUUGACUCCACCAGCGGCUCUUCUCUUCAGCAUUCCCACAGGAACCUGUGACCUCAUCUCUAAUAGUCGCUCCACAGAUGGCACUUUUGAUUUAUCGGUGCGUAGCAACGAUGGCGUCCACAGUGCUGUCAACAGCCAUGUGCGAGUUUUCUUCAUUGGGUUCAAUAAUGCCACAGUGGACAACAGCAUCCUGAUACGUGUCAUCUCCCAAAGCGCCAGUGACUUUCUUACCAAUCACUACCUCAGCUUCUUGCGCAUCGCCAAUUCUCAGCUAGCUGGUUUGGGCACUGGAGUCCAGAUCUAUGGGGUGUUUGAACUUAACAACAGUACUUUUUUGAUGGCUGCAGUCAAGAGAGGUCACAGCCAGUAUGUUAAUCCAAGUGGAGUAGCAACUUUCUUCCAGAGCAUUAAGGAGGUUCUGCACAGACAAAGCGGAGUUAAGAUUGACUCUGUGGACCAUGAUCCCUGCUCCCACAAUCCAUGUCAAAAUGGGGGCAGCUGCAAGAGGCGGUUAGGUGUUGGCCCAGAAAUGAAGACUGAGGAGAGUGUCCCGGUUAUCCUCGUCUCAAAUCAGCCCCUACAGCCGUACGCCUGUAACUGCAGGCCAGGGUAUGCCGGUGCUCUUUGUGAGACUGACAUCGAUGAGUGCCAGCCGACACCUUGCCACAAUGGUGGAACUUGCCACAACUUGGUGGGAGGAUUCUCAUGCUCUUGUCCAGACGGUUUCACUGGGAUGGCUUGUGAGAGGGACAUCAACGAGUGCCUUUCAAACCCAUGCCAGAAUGGAGCACUGUGCCAGAAUUACCCUGGAGGCUUUAACUGCCUGUGCAAGUCUGGAUUUGCAGGGAAAGCCUGUGACUCCAUCAUCAAUUACUGUGAGUGUAACCCCUGUUUUAAUGGGGGUUCCUGCCAGAACCGUGUGGAAGGCUAUUACUGUCACUGUCCUUUUGGUGUGUUUGGAAAGCACUGUGAACUCAACAGUUACGGAUUUGAGGAGCUCUCCUACAUGGAGUUUCCCAGCCUCGACCCCAACAACAACUACAUCUACAUCAAGUUCGCCACACUGAAGGAAAACGCCUUGCUCAUGUACAAUCACGACAACCAAACCGGGGACAAGGCAGAGUUUCUGGCCCUGGAGAUCUUAGAAGGCAGAAUGAAGUUCUCGUUUAAUUUGGGGAGCGGCACCUACAAGCUCAUGACGAGUAUUCGGGUCUCGGACGGCCAGUUUCACACGGUCAUCGCCAGGAGGGCGGGAAUGGCGGCGUCUCUUACCAUUGAUCUGUGUGGAGAGGAGCAGGAAUCGGGAUACUGCGCUGUCAGCAAUGUGGCUGUUCAUACUGACUGGAUUCUGGAUGUCCAGCCGAAUCGUCUGUCGGUCGGAGGUGUUCGCUCUAUUGAAGCGCUCCUGCACCGCAGCGGUCAGGUUUCCACACAUGAUUUCGUUGGAUGCAUCAUGGAGUUCGCAGUCAAUGGACGACCGCUGGAACCAUCGCAAGCUCUAGCUUCACACGGCAUCCAGGACAGAUGCCCCCGUCUGGAGGCUGCGUGUGUCUCAGAGCCCUGCAGACAUGGAGGAACCUGUCUGGACAUGUGGUCGUGGCAGCAGUGCCAGUGCACAGACGGGUUCACCGGACCCACCUGCGGGAAAUACAUCAGUGCAGACACAGCUCUGUCUCUGGACGGCUCUGGGCGGCUGGAUUACGCUUUGAGUCAGAGCCGUAAGAGGGACGUGCUGCUGGAGCGAGCGCUGCAGGGUCCCGGCCGGAGCGUCCCGCAGCACAGCAGUCUGGAGCUCAAGUUUCGCACCCGCAGCGGAUCAGGAACACUGCUGCACGCACAGGAGAGCUACAACUACACCACACUGAGGCUGAAGGGUGGUCUGCUGCAGUAUGUGUCUGAGGCUGGAGUCGCAGGUAAAGUGGAGCGCACAGUUUCGGACAUUCUGCUGUCGGAUGGUCAGUGGCACACACUCCUGCUGCAGAGGAACGGAUCCUCCACCGUCCUGCGCAUCGACCGCUCCAGCUCAAAGCUCAUUCUGCACAACACACAGGAUUUCGGGGGCAUCGACGUACACACACUGUCUCUGGGUGGUGUUCCGGCGCGAGCGACCCAGCAGAAGACCAGCCCGGGUUUUGAUGGGUGUUAUGCCUAUGUGAAGUAUAACGGAGAGAUGCUGCCCUUCAGUGGUGAACACAGGACCGUCUCCAUCUCUAAAACGGACCCAUCUGUGAAAAUCGGCUGUCGUGGCCCGAACCUGUGCGAGAGCAGUCCAUGCUGGGACGGGCUGAUGUGUGUGAACCAAUGGUACACCUACCAGUGUGUCCCGCCGGGAGACUGCACCUCAAACCCCUGCCAGCAUGGCGGGAGUUGUGUUCCUGGCGUUCGCGGAGGCUUCAGCUGUGUGUGUGAGGAGUUUUACACCGGAAGGGUGUGUGAAAGCCUGGUUGCCUGUCUUGGGGUCCGCUGUCCGCAAGGAACCGACUGCAAACUGGGAGCCAACGGCGGGUUCACCUGCAGUCCGAGUGCCACAUCUGAAGAGAUGGUUCUGCCAAUCUGGGCGGUUCCUGCAAUCGUGGGCAGCUGCGCAACAGUCCUUGCACUGGUGGUUUUGAGUCUCAUACUGUGCAACCACUGCAAGGGCAAGCACAAGAAAACCAAAGUGCCAAAAGAUGAGAAGAAAACCAAGGAGAAGAAGAAGAAGAAGAAGAAAGGUAGUGAGAAUGUGGCGUUUGAUGAUCCUGAUAACAUUCCACCAUACGGAGACGACAUGACGGUUCGGAAGCAGCCCGAGGGAAACCCCAAACCGGAUAUUAUCGAGCGGGAGAACCCGUAUUUGAUCUACGAUGAAACUGACAUUCCUCACAACAACGAAACCAUUCCCAGCGCUCCCUGUGCUCCAUGUGCUCCGGAGGCAGAUAUGGAGCACUACGAUAUAGACAACGCCAGCAGUAUCGCUCCAUCAGAUGCCGACAUCAUCCAACAUUACAAACACUACCGCAGCCACACACCCAAGUUCUCCAUCCAGCGCCACAGUCCACUGGGAUUCGCCCGGCAGUCACCGCUUCCACUCGGUGCAACCAGUUACACCUAUCAGCCCACAUACACCCCCGGCCUGCGCUCCACCCCGCUCAGCCAUUCAGCCUGCCCAACACCCAAUCCCUUGUCCCGCCACAGCCCCGCUCCCUUCACCAAACCAUCCUCCUUCUACCGAAACACUCCCACCCGUGAACUCAACCUUGCGCGCCGUGAAGGAAGUCCUCUGGAUUUCCACAGCGACCCAUGCCAGCCCGGGAUGUUCAACUAUGCCACACGUUUGGGUCGGCGCAGCAAGAGUCCUCAAACGAUGGGAUCUCGCCCUGGAAGUCGCCUUAAGCAACCAAUCGAGCAAAUCCCUCUGGAAAGCGGCCCUCCUGUUGGGUUGUCAAUAGAAGAGGUGGAGCGCCUAAACACUCCACGUCCCAGAAACCCCAGCAUAUGCAGUGCAGAUCACGGACGCUCAUCGUCUGAAGAAGACUGCCGGCGUCCUCUAUCCCGUGUCCGAAACCCAGCAGACGGCAUCCCAGCUCCGGAAUCAUCCUCUGAAAGUGACUCCCAUGACUCCUUUACUUGCUCAGAGAUGGAAUACGAUCGGGAGAAACCGGUGUCCUAUAGUUCUCGAAUGCCUAAACUAUCACAGGUUAAUGAAUCUGAUGCUGAUGAUGAAGAUCAUGGGGGAAGAAUGCGGCAGCGAAGAUACUCGAGUCGGCGUGCUGAAGGCGGACCGGCAAGUGGACACAACACUAUGUCGGAGUACCAGCACCACACUCUACCACACAAACUGGGCCAAGGGUCCAACAACUUCAACUGGGACAACCUGCUGAACUGGGGUCCGGGGUUCACCCACUACGUUGACGUUUUUAAAGACUUAGCACUGCUGCCGGAAAACUCUGCUGCUAAAGAAAUCGAGAUGAAGAGCGGCGACGGCUCCAUCACUAUACUGAAUGAGGGCGAAGCCGAGCAAUACGUAUGAGACGAGUGGAGAAACGCAUCAAUUUUUGAUGAUAAUAAGACGAACUUAAAUGCAGCAAGGCAGAGCACUGAUUUAUAGAGACGAGCAUUGGACACUCUUCACAAUAGUGCAAUACUGAAACACACAAGGCGUUGCGUAUGUUUUCGUUUUGCUGUUAAGUUCUGUGUGACUAGUCAUGCAAAGGUGCAUCUUGUAUUUGCAUGCCAUUAUCUUUGUACAGUGUUGGCCAAUUGUGUUUAUAAUUUAGUAAGAGAAUUGAAAUGACAAGCAAUGGGAUUUAUAUCCAUCUCGAAGGCAUCACAUAGGUAUAAAUGCAUGACCAAGUGUAAACACUUCCCUUAAAUCACCUUGAAAUCUGCGUGAACCUCAAGUUUCUGCAGACUUUAAUUUCAAUCUAAUGACGUAUUUCCAACUGAAAUAGAAUAUUGAGUAGGAGGUGGGGCUUAUUUUUGAGCUCCGCCUCUCAUCUUUCACUCCUAGCAACCGUACAGUUGGACGGACAUCUCAGAUUCAUUCACCAUUGACCGCAGAUGCUGGAUAUGAGUCUCUAGAUAAACAGUAAACUAAUAGUCGUGCAACUCCUACUACAAACACACACAACGUCUGGAAGUGGAAGCAGCAAGGAGAGUUGCAAAAACACACACAUGAAGUGAAUGAGUUUGGUCUUCUCUGACUGAAAUCAGAGUUCGGAAAUAAAGUUAGGGGUCAGCGUGACCCUCCUGGACUCUGGGCUCAAUCCAUCUGGCUGAUUUUCCCGUGUGUUACUGCUUUGACCUCUAGGAAACACUUCCAUGAGCUCGGUGUGAAGCUGUAUUUGGCUCCGGUUCUUCAUGCUCCGGCCAAAAGAGAAAGAAAACGUCCGCCAAGAACGGGUGUUUCUCAUCCUGAAUAACUAGCUGCCGUCUAAAACAACAAAAGCUCCAGAUAUGAGAUUAAUCAGACCUCUGCCUUCUGGAUAUUUGAGGAUUUACGUUUGGAAGCACGCUUGGACACUGUGACUUUGAACGGUUGUUUUUAUUGCAGGUUUUAUACAAACACGCUCGACCUGCUACUACGAACAAACUAUGAACUUGUGUACAUUUUUUUGUAUUAUUGAGGAAGCUCGUUGGAAUUCAAUGUUCUCUGUUGUUUUGUUGUUUCGUUUUUGCUCGAUGUUUUUAAAAAUGUACUGUUUCUACUUGUUUUUUUGUUUUUUUACUGUUUAUUAACUUAAAGGUCCAUCUGCGUUUAUAUGGAUAUUUUUCAUAUGCUGGAAUUGAGGUUCUUACUUUCAGCGGAAGAUUGAACUUCUUAUUUUUUACAUUUGUUACUUAUGUAACAUCAGUAUUUUUUCCACUAUUUUGAUAAAACCAUAACAUAAUGUCUGAUUUAUACGUGUAAAAGCCAAUAACAGAAUAAAAAAAUAUUUAUUUAAAAAAAGUUGUUUUUUUUGUGAUGAGACUAAACAAAGGAAUUUGAUGUUAUUAAUACUGUAAAUGCUCUGAAAGCUAAACAGCUCCAUUAGUGGACAGAGAGGAAUCUAUGGUGUAUUUUAGAGAGGGUUUGGAAGAAAACGAGCUCUAUAUGAGGUCAAAUAUUUCACUUUGGAUAUUUUAGUUUAUUUGGUCACACUUUAUUUUGAUGGUCAGUUUGUUGAAUUUAAGUUACAUUGCAUCUACAUGCCAGCUAAAGCUGCGGUCUCACUGUGCUUUUCCUCCCAUUG